UUGGAAAGAACCUUGCUGCCACAAAUGGAGACUCUGUCUUCUGAAAUAUGUGGUUUAUAAAUGGAGAGGACACAAAGAUAACUGUGCACCUGACUCUUUGUUUGCUUAUUUUAGUCAAGACUUUCCUGUCAGCUUGAAUUUCAAGAUUUAACUUGUCAUGGUAAAAAGGAAGAAGUGCCACUUUCUUGCAGGACUUCCUUUGUAAACAGUAUCCAUGUCCUAAUCUGAAGAGAUGCAGGUGAGUGUCAAGGAUUGCGUUGCUCUAUGUGUCUACUCCUUCACCUUUCUGCUGGGUCUUCCUGCCAACCUGCUGGUCCUGUUUGUGUACCUGCGCAAGGCCCGCAAACGUGGCGCCACGCCCAACGUUGUCUACGCUCUCAACUUGUGCCUGGCCAACCUGGUGCUCGUGGCCUGGCUGCCCAUCAAGGCCCUGGAGACUUUGCUUCAGGACUGGAGGCUACCAGCACCUGUCUGCCCUAUUUACCACUUCUUCCUCUUCUCCUCGCUCUACGGCAGCUGCCUGUUCAUCACCGCCGUGACGGUGGGGCGUUACCUCAGCAUUGCAUUCCCGAUUGUCUACAAGUUGUACCGCCAUGCUCGUAUCUCUUGCUUCAUCAGUGCUGCCCUGUGGACCUUAGUGCUUCUACACCUCGGCAUUGGCCUGGUGGCCGAAGGAGGGGCCCACUUUGUCUCCAUCAAGAACAACACCUUGGCUUGCUAUGAACAUUUCAACACCUCCCAGCUGGCUGUUCUGCUGCCCCUGCGCCUGGAGAUGGCCAUUGUCCUGUUUAUUUUCCCACUGAUUGUGACGUCCUUUUGCACGUUGCAAUGUGUUACCUUGGUGUGGCGCUCAAAUUUACCCCCAAUGGGGAAGAGAAGAGUUCUGACAGUUGCACUCUCCACACUCGCUGUGUUUGUGGUGUGCUACGCGCCCUACAACGCCUCACACAUUGUGGGGUUCGUGUUGCAGGAAAAUGUGGAGUGGAGGACAUACGCCAUGCUGACAAGCUCCUGUAAUGUUUUCCUGGAGCCUGUGGUCAUGCUGAUGCUGUCGCCAGCAGUGUCGAGAGGAGUCAUGGGAAGAAUGUGCGGACGGCAAAGUCAAUUCAGCCGAAUCGAGGGGUCUCGUCGUCGAUGUAAUUAUGCCAUCGCUGAAGCAAAUGUCAGGGCGCCGCCUACGCUAUCUGACAGAAGCCAGGCAGGGGCAGAGGUGACCAAAAUAAGUCAGGGGUGAGGUCACAGUGAGCGGAUAGUUCAGGGACUUUGUGGUGAAUCUAAAAGGAUAAAUAGGAUGAAAACAUUCACGGACAGACUGAUAGAAGAUGUCUAUCCUUAUCCUACUGUUGUGAGGCUUGGAAAUGUGGAGCACAACUGCUAUAUGACUCUUCAGAGAUGAACCAGAAAAAAAAAUCUACAAACAGUCUUUGUCAGUUUCGGGCAGAAUGAUUAAAUCCAGACCACAUCACAAUGUGUCAUCUGACCGUAACUUCUCUUCUUUCUUUUCUCUUUCGACCAAAUAUUUAAGAAGAAGAAUGAUGACAAAAGCAGUUUUGCAAGUCUGACCACAAAUGUGCAGUAUUGAUGUUUCCUGUCAUAUGUCAGUGCUUUUUCUGCCCAAUAAAAACUGACUCAGCAAGUAGUUUUUUUCUGGAAUGGCCUAAAGCAGGGCCACCUUGUCAGUAAAAAGGAACUAUUUGCAGACUUGGAAAUCUACAUUUUUGCCUAAGUAGAUUGCACGUCUUUGAAAUGGACUAAGUGUUACUUCUCACACUCUGAGAUUACAACAAGACUUUGUUUUAAACCAGUCAGUGGAAAAAAGAGCUUAACUUUGCAUCACAUGAUCAGUUUGAUGACAAAUGGCUCCAUCUGGUGUCAAUUAGUCCUCCAAGCUGCAACACGGAAAUCUCUUUCAAAUAUGUUUUCUUUUAGAAAGUGUUUUUCAAAAAUUAUGGCUGCGUUUCAGCAUUGUUAACGUUAUUAGUGACACCUGUGCUUUAACAUAAAGGUUUACCAACAGUUUGAUGUUGGAAGUUAAAUAUACACCACCUAUUUCUGCAUUAAUUGGUUGGUUUCUGAACAUGUUAAUCAGCUGUCUCGGUUACGUUUGUGUUUACUUUUUAAAAUGUUGUUAAAUGACCUCAAAAAUAAAGUAUGAGCUGUCCAAGUGUAUCCUGUGGUUUUGUUUGUUGAAACACCUUUGAAUUUAAUGAA